GUUCCAGCCCCUCCUACCUGUCCUGCCUCCAUCACAGGUGGAGUCUGAGUCAGUCCAGGUAACAGCUCACCUGUGUCAUAUCUUUUCUCUGCAGGUGUGGAGUGGAGAGUUUUCUUCUUCAGCUCUUUGGACUGUUUGAAUCAAGUGUGAAGGUAGAAAGUGUGUGUGAGCUGAUGUGGAUGUGAAUGGAGCAGCAUGAAUCAGAGUGAGGACAGAGAGGAGGGAGUCCCUCCCUCUAAAACCACUCUGUGUGGGGAACAUGAGAGCCAGACCAAAGCUCAGAGCCCAGAGCAGCAGAUACCACACUCCGCUGGACCUGGACCUGGACCUGGACCCAGCUGUGUGUCCAUGAAGAGCGACUGGUCCAUGGAUCAUCCUCUUGAAUUCAAACAAUCUGUUGAUGGAAGUUUCAGGAUCCAGCAGCAGAGACCAGACUCUCCUGAACCCAGCUGUCUGUCUUUAAAGAGCGACAACUCAAAGAACUUUUUCAUUGACUUUAAAGGGCGACGUCCAUCAGCUGAUCAGAUAGUGGACCAGGAGAGCUCAGAGGUUCCCAGUGGUCAGUCUGCCCAGCAGCAUCAAACACACCUGGACUCCAUAUUUAUGCUGCUGGAGGAGAACAUCGUCACUUUUGUGAAGAACGAGCUGAAGAAGAUGCAGAAGGUUCUGAGUCCAGAUUACCCAGAAUGCUUAGAGAGUCAGAGGGAGGAUGAGGAGGUGUUGGACGGUGAGGAUGAAGAGCAGAGGAGGAGCAGCAGAGAGGAGUUUCUGAAGAUCACACUGAACUUCCUGAGGAGAAUGAAGCAGGAGAAGCUGGCUGACUGUCUGCAGAGCAGAACUGUUGCUGCAGUUUGUCGACGUCAACUUAAAUCUAACCUGAAGAAGAAGUUCCAGUGUGUGUUUGAGGGCAUCGCUAAAGCAGGAAACCCAACCCUUCUGAAUUAGAUCUACACAGAGCUCUAUGUCACAGAGGGAGGGACUGGAGAGGUCAAUGAUGAACAUGAGGUCAGACAGAUUGAAACAGCAUCCAGGAAACCAGACAGACCAGAAACAACCAUCAGACAAGAAGACAUCUUUAAAGCCUCACCUGGAAGAGAUGAACCAAUCAGAACAGUGAUGACAAAGGGAGUGGCUGGCAUUGGGAAAACAAUCUUAACACAGAAGUUCACUCUGGACUGGGCUGAAGACAAAGCCAACCAGGACAUACACUUCACAUUUCCAUUCACUUUCAGAGAGCUGAAUGUGCUGAAAGAGAAAAAGUUGAGCUUGGUGGAACUUGUUCAUCACUUCUUUACUGAAACCAAAGAAGCAGGAAUCUGCAGGUUUGAAGAGUUCCAGGUUGUGUUCAUCUUUGACGGUCUGGAUGAGUGUCGACUUCCUCUGGACUUCCACAAGACUGAGAUCCUGACUGAUGUUACAGAGUCCACCUCAGUGGACGUGCUGCUGACAAACCUCAUCAGGGGGAAACUGCUUCCCUCUGUUCGCCUCUGGAUAACCACACGACCUGCAGCAGCCAAUCAGAUCCCUCCUGAGUGUGUUGACAUGGUGACAGAGGUCAGAGGGUUCACUGACCCACAGAAGGAGGAGUACUUCAGGAAGAGGUUCAGAGAUGAGGAUCAGGCCAGCAGGAUCAUCUCCCACAUCAAGACCUCACGAAGCCUCCACAUCAUGUGCCACAUCCCAGUCUUCUGCUGGAUCACUGCUACAGUUCUGGAGGAUGUGUUGAAAACCAGAGAGGGAGGAGAGCUGCCCAAGACCCUGACUGAGAUGUACAUCCACUUCCUGGUGGUUCAGACCAAACUGAAGAACGUCAAGUAUGAUGGAGGAUCUGGGACAGAUCCACACUGGAGUAAAAAGAGCAGGAAGAUGAUUAAGUCUCUGGGAAAACUGGCUUUUGAGCAGCUGCAGAAAGGAAACCUGAUCUUCUAUGAAUCAGACCUGACAGAGUGUGGCAUCGAUAUCAGAGCAGCCUCAGUGUACUCAGGAGUGUUCACACAGAUCUUUAAAGAGGAGAGAGGACUGUACCAGGACAAGGUGUUCUGCUUCAUCCAUCUGAGUGUUCAGGAGUUUCUGGCUGCUCUUCAUGUCCAUCUGACCUUCAUCAAGUCUGGAGUCAAUCUGCUGUCAGAAGAACAAACAACCUCCCUGAGGUCUAAACUGUUUGGAACCAAACCUGGACCAAUACACUUCUACCAGAGUGCUGUGGCCAAGGCCUUACAGAGUCCAAAUGGACACCUAGACUUGUUCCUCCGCUUCCUCCUGGGUCUUUCACUGCAGACCAAUCAGACUCUCCUACGAGGUCUGCUGACAAAGACAGGAAGUAGCUCACAGACCAAUCAGGAAACAGUCCAGUACAUCAAGAAGAAGAUCAGUGAGAAUCUGUCACCAGAGAAAAGCAUCAACCUGUUCCACUGUCUGAAUGAACUGAAUGAUUGUUCUCUAGUGGAGGAGAUCCAACAGUCCCUGAGUUCAGGACGUCUCUCCACAGAUAAACUGUCUCCUGCUCAAUGGUUAGCUCUGGUCUUCAUCUUACUGUCAUCAGAAAAAGAUCUGGACGUGUUUGACCUGAAGAAAUACUCUGCUUCAGAGGAGGCUCUUCUGAGGCUGCUGCCAGUGGUCAAAGCCUCCAACAAAGCUCUACUGAGUGGCUGUAACCUCUCAAAGAGAAGCUGCAGAGCUAUGUCCUCAGUUCUUAGCUCCCAGUCCUCUAGUCUGAGAGAUCUGAACCUGAGUAACAACAACCUGCAGGAUUCAGGAGUGAAGCUGCUGUCUGUUGGACUGAAGAGUCCACACUGUUCACUGGGGUAUCUCAGUUUGACAGGCUGUCAGAUCACAGAGGAAGGCUGUUCUUCUCUGUCCUCAGUUCUCAGCUCCCAGUCCUCUGGUCUGAGAGAUCUGGACCUGAGUAACAACGACCUGAAGGAUUCAGGAGUGAAGCUGCUGUCUGUUGGACUGAAGAGUCCACACUGUGAACUGGAGUCUCUCAGUUUGUCAGGCUGUCAGAUCACAGAGGAAGGCUGUUCUUCUCUGUCCUCAGUUCUCAGCUCCCAGUCCUCUGGUCUGAGAGAUCUGGACCUGAGUAACAACAACCUGCAGGAUUCAGGGGUGAAGCUGCUGUCUGUUGGACUGAAGAGUCCACAGUGUGAACUGGAGUCUCUCAGUUUGACAGGCUGUCAGAUCACAGAGGAAGGCUGUUCUUCUCUGUCCUCAGUUCUCAGCUCCCAGUCCUCUGGUCUGAGAGAUCUGGACCUGAGUAACAACGACCUGAAGGAUUCAGGAGUGAAGCUGCUGUCUGUUGGACUGAAGAGUCCACACUGUGAACUGGAGUCUCUCAGUCUGUCAGGCUGUCUGAUCUCAAAGGAAGGCUGUUCUUCUCUGGUCUCAGCUCUGAGAUCCAACCCCUCCCAUCUGAGAGAGCUGGACCUGAGCUACAAUCAUCCAGGAGACUCAGGAGUGAAGCUGCUGUCUGCUGGACUGAAGGAUCCAGACUGGAGACUGGACACUCUCAGGGUGGAGCCUGGUGGAGUCCGAUGGUUGAGACCAGGUCUAUGGAGGUAUUCCUGUGAACUGGAACUGGACACAAACACAGUGAACAGAUUCCUCAAACUGUCUGACAACAACAGGAAGGUGACACAUGUGAGAGAGGAUCAGUCACAUCCUGAUCAUCCAGACAGAUUUGAUCACUGGCCUCAGCUGCUGUGUAGAACUGGUCUGACUGGUCGCUGUUACUGGGAGGUUGAGUGGAGAGGAGUGGUUGAUAUGUCAGUGAGUUACAGAGGAAUCAGAAGGAAAGGAAACAGAAAAGACUGCAGGUUUGGUAGGAACGAUCAGUCCUGGAGUCUGUUCUGUUCUGAUGGUGGUUACUCUGUCUGUCACAAUAACAUAAGGACAUCCAUCUCCUCCUCCUCUGUCUCUAACAGAGUAGCAGUGUAUGUGGACCGUCCUGCUGGAACUCUGUCCUUCUACAGAGUCUCCUCUGAUUCUCUGAUCCACCUCCACACCUUCAACACCACCUUCACUGGACCUCUGUACCCUGGGUUUGGGUUUAGGAUCUUGUGGUCUGGUUCCUCAGUGUCUCUGUGUUGAGUGUAUCAGAGUCUCCUCCUGUCAGAGAAACUUUCUCUCUGUUGAACAGAUAGUUCAGUCUGUUCAUGUUUGUUUCUUUCACUCACACACGUUUUCAGAUUCAUGUUAAAUUAAAUCAGUUUCUUUUUGAAACUCUUCUAAAUGAUUCCUUGUGAACUUCCUCUUCCGGUCCUUUAAAGAUGGAAGCUGCUGUUAUUACAAGUUUUACUGAAGGUGGUAAAAUGUGGGACGUCUUUUCUUUCAUAGUUUGAAAUGAUUUAUUUUCUCAAACAGUGGACUUUAUUCUGCCUCAUGAAACUGGAUCAUUUGUUAAAUAUGUCUUUAGUUAGUUUUAACUGCUGGUUUGUUUUAAUGAAUCUUACAGCAGGAAUAUUUUACACUUCAACACUGCAGUUGGUUUAACUCUAUAUUGUGAUGUAUUCUAGAGAAAUCUGUUUUUGUGUUAUUUCUUUUCUGUUGUUUGUGCUCGUUGUUGUUGUUGUUGCCUCUCUGAACCAGGACGCUGUUUUUUCUGAUUAAAUACAUUUUCAAAUCUGUUUCCAUGUUGUGUAUGAAU